CACGUUUCUGGAAAAGCGACGCGCAACAGGCGUCGACCCCAUAAAUCGAUAAUCUCGUUACAGCUGCCGAGGCGCCGAGCGUCUGCACUGCGAUGCACCCCAAGGUCCCCAAGCCAAGCGCAGUCAAUCGCUCGAGUAAGGGGCGUGGGGGGGGGGGGAGAGGAGACGCGCAGGUAUACAGACUACUUGGACCCGUCGGGAUUCCGAGAAAAUUCGGCGCCGCAAAUGGGAGGGUCCCAUUUUUUCCGACUCCGACUGUACGUAUACUAUACUAUAGUGCGGGGAAAGUCUAGUCUACACUACGUCAUAAACGAUGUAGUCCCAGUAUGCAAUUUCGACUCUGCCGUAAUUAGGUAUUGCCUUGUGCGCAAAGGUAUAUAAAGCAGCGCGCAAGUAUUUGCAUAGAGUCAGUCGAGAUCGACAGAGUGUGACGAUCGGAUCAAAUAGUUUGAUCUGUGCUUACAGUUGGUUCGUAUAGUCUGCGCGUGGUCGUAUAGUAUUUCGAGAUGGCGUGUGUGAACGCGUUGUGCUGUCGGCUGAAGAAGUUCUUCUUGGCGAAGAAAGCACAGCAGACGAAAAGGAAUGACUGCGCUCACGGUAAGAUCGAGGAAAGCGUCACGGGGGUAGUGGCGCUGACUGUCAACGUAAACCCAUUCGUGCCGGCUGACGAUUUGGAUAUCAGCUGGGUGAAGAUCGAGAAGGAGGAAAUUGUCAAUGAAGAGAGCAAGAGCCGGUCUGGAUCGAGGAAUAAGAAGAAACACGUAACCCCCAAGAUUCGCAAAGCGUUAUGCUUCAGUUCAACCGAGUCAGCCGCUGACGAUUCAAGCUUAACGUCUUGUCUCAGUUUCUCGCAGUCAUCGACAAAAAGUAUCAAAAUUCGCAUCGGCCCUGCGACUCGUUAUCAUCGCGAGUUUCAAGAGUUGGAGUUAAUCGGCAGCGGCGAAUUCGGAACAGUCUUCAGAUGCGUCAACCGAGUUGACGGCUGCGUUUAUGCCAUAAAACGCAGUCGACCUCUGUCCAGGAGCAAAUUCGCCCAGAGACGUGUCAGCAACGAGGUUCACGCUAAUGCAGUACUAAGCAACUACAAGCACGUGGUCAGGUACUACUCGGCCUGGAUCGAAAACGACUGCAUGAGCAUUCAGCAGGAGUACUGCGACGGGGGUGACCUGGCCGGGGUCAUCGCCACGAUGAACACCGAGAAGACGACUUUAACGGAGAACAAGAUCUGUAGGAUGAUUCUUCACGUAGCCAAAGGAUUAAGGUAUAUUCAUGGCUUUAAAUUGGCUCAUCUGGACAUCAAACCCGAGAAUAUCUUCCUCUCAACCCAGCGCGUUUUGGUUAGCAGUAAGAAUAGCGACGACUAUAUCGAGGAGGUAGUGUACAAAAUCGGUGAUCUUGGCCAUGUUACAUCAAUCGCCAACGUCCAAGAGCUCGAGGACGAAGGUGACUGUAGGUAUCUUGCGAAAGAGAUCUUACGCGAAGACUACAGUGAUUUGACGAAGGCGGAUAUCUUCUCUCUGGGACUCACGAUAUUUGAGGCUUGCGGCGGUGGACCUCUGCCAAAAAACGGACCCAAGUGGCAGGAGAUUAGAGAAGGAAAGCUUGACCGGUUGGCAGCAUACAGUGAUGAUAUUAAUGAGCUUGUUAUGUCGAUGAUACAUGCGGAGCCAAAGAAGAGACCCUCAGCAUCCAAUGUGCUACGGCGUGAUUUUUUAUUAAAUGCCUUUGAUGCUGUGAAACAAGUUUAGAUGACCUAACUAUACUGUUACACGAAAUCAAGCAUAACCAAGACAAUGGAUUUUUGUGAAUGCAUCCGACGAUUCAUAUACGACUAUGAAAGCGAAUCAACUUUAAAUUAGAUUAUUUCAAUAGAUCUAUUUGCAAUUUUAUAUGUACAAUAUAUUCCAUUAGAUUUUAUAUUUUGAAAUGUUAAAUAAUAAGACUGUGCUUUUAUUUGUAAAUAUAUACUUCGAAAAACUACUUUUAUACACAUAUAAAGUAAUUUAAUAAAAAAAAAUCAUACUGAAU